CCAGUUUUGAGAGCAGCGAGAGCUCGCGCGGGCAGGUGCCGCCAUGCGCAUCGAGACGUGCUAUGUGUGCUCGGGUCCCUGCUACCCGGGCCACGGCAUCACCUUUGUGCGGAACGACGCCAAGACGUUCCGGUUCUGCCGGGGCAAGUGCCACAAGACGUUCAAAAACAAGCUCAACCCGCGCAAGCUGCGCUGGACGAAGGCCUUCCGCAGGGCCGCGGGCAAGGAGAUGGCGAUGGACACCUCCUUCGACUUUGAGCGCCAGCGCAACCGGCCGGUCAAGUACGACCGCGACCUGAUGAAGAAGACGGUGCGCGCGAUGGAGAAGGUGCAGGCGAUCAAGUCGGCGCGCGAGAAGCGGUUCUGGGACAAGCGGAUGGAGAAGAACGCCGAUGUCGCCAAGGAGCGCAACCUCGCCGAGGUGCAGCAGGGCCUGGACCUGCUCGUGUCUCCACUCGUGCAGCAGGACGCGCAGCUGGCGGCGCAAAAGGUGGAGGCGACGCGAUCCUCGCAGAGGCAAAAGGAGAAGGCGUGAGGCGGCGCCUCUGUGUGUACCGUUCUGAUUUCCUCACGGCUUUGGGGAGAGGCGUCCGAGUAUGGCGCGCCCCGCCGCCCGUGCGGCGCGUGCCGCGCGGCCGCGCGCGCGCCACACACGACUCACCGCCCGCUGUAGUAAUGAGGAGAUCAUCUCUCUCAAAAGAAAAGGGCUCAAUUCUACGCACAUGAGCCCGAUUCACAUCACUCGACCAUCGCGGCGACGCCUCCAUCGUACGACAUGCCUGGGCCGGGGACCCCGCCUGGGACGAUCCCGGCGUGCGCCCCCCCGGCUGCGGAGGAGGGUACGGCUGCGGCGGCUGCGACGGCUGCGGCGGCCCCGCCAGGCGCGGGCGCGGGCGGCGCUGCGCCGGCGGCGGCGGCAGAAAUGCAGCCGCCGCCGCCGGCUGCUGCUGCUGCUGCGUGGGGCGGAGGCGGCUGGCCGACGUGCGAGUAGAGGGAGGCGCGGUAGCGCUCGUACUGGUCGCCCUGGACAAAGAGGGAGAAGGAGAUCAUGCGCAGCAUCUCCAUCUCCAGCGAGUUGACCUGCGGGGCAGCAACCGGGGGGGGGGGGGGUUGGGGGAGGAGGCGGCGGG